UGCUGAAAAGCCAGAGCAUUGAGUUUCGAUCCGAUUGUGGGUGAGCAAGCACGCAGAAGAGCUGCAAACCUAGCUGCUACUACUGCUGUACGCACGGUGGUCCGAUCGGUGGUGGUGGAAUUGUCAUUUGCUAAAAUAGCGAAGCUAAAAGGUCAUCUUAAUCGAGUCUUAAAGAAAGAAAGACCAGACCAUAGGGACAAGGUGUUCAAAAUUCAAGGGCGAACCAACUAACACGCCACGCGUGGGUGUGAGUGUGCUUGUGUACUGGGUGUGUGUCCGUGUACGUUUGUGGUGACACCGUGUGUGCGUCCGUUGGUUGUCGUCGACGUCGUCGUCGUUCGGAGUGCAAAUCAAUCGGGGCAAAGCAUUAAUUGAAAUGGAUAUCGGUGGAGCGUACGGUGGCGGCAAGGCGGGUGGUGCUUUCGAUCCGAUUGCGUUCGUGCAGCGACCGAUCGUCAUUUUACGCGCCGUUUGCUGGCUGUUUGCGAUCAUCGUGUUCGGUUGCAUAUCAUCGGAGGGUUGGCGAGAGGAGUCGAAUGGCAAGGAGUACUGCAUAAUUAAUCGCGAUGGCAAUGCCUGUAACUAUGCGGUCGGUAUCGGUGUGAUCGCCUUCCUUGCCUCCAUGGGCUUCAUCGCCGGCGAGUAUCUGUUCGAGCAGAUGUCCUCGGUGAAGACGAGAAAGCACUACGUGCUGGCUGACCUCGGGUUCUCCGCAUUCUGGUCGUUCCUGUUUUUCAUCGGGUUCUGCUAUCUCACCAAUCAGUGGGGCAAGGCGGACGAUCCACCGAACGGUGAGGGUGUGAACAAUGUGCAGGCUUCCAUCGUGUUCUCGUUCUUCUCGAUUUUCACCUGGGCCGGCUGUGCCUACUUUGCGUUCCUGCGCUUCAAGGCGGGCGUUGAUCCGUCCUUCUCGUCGACGUACGAGUCGGAUCCGAGUGCCGCCCAGCAGUACUCGGCCUACCCAGCCUCCAACGAUAACGAUCAGUUCCAGGAGGCUCCAUUUUCCGGUCAACAGCAGCAGCAGCAGCAACAGCAGCAGCGAGCAGACUACUCGCAGCCGACAUACUAAAUUGGAGCACGCGUGCCAUGUCAGCUUCAGCGUGCGGUGCGGGCAUGAUUGGUGUUAUCAUUUUUCUAACGAACCACUGCAUUCCACUUCAGCGACAAGAUCAAGGGCUACGUGCAAGUGGCCAACGGGGUUUCCACGACACUCAAACUCAAACAAGAACCAAAAAAAAGGGCGCUCCCAUACUGCUCACACGCUUGUCAAACGGAGGGGAACAGGGAGAGGAAGAACCAAGAAUAAGUAAAAGAAGAAGAAGAAAACUCUCUUUCGAAAGCGUUGUUGUUGCAGGCAACGAUAAAAUAGGUUUUAUGGAAGCCGAUUACCAAAAACUAAAAUGUACAAAUCAAGUAUGAGUAUUACCGUCGACGUCAAACGCGUUGCGUUCAUGAUUCGUUUGCAAUCAGUUUGAGUUUUGAAAACCAAACCAAAGCAGAGCAGAGAGUACAGAGGUUACAAAACCAACUCUGCAGGCACGACUAUCGGGUUUAAUUUGUAAUAGGCAAAUCUACUAAAAGCAGCAUCUGGUUUGGUCGAGGGCCGUUAGGUGUUUCAAUCAGAGGAAAACCAAUCUCAAUAUCCAUUGAAUCUCAGUUUAGAAAUGAAUGCUCAACGGAAGGAUGUGUUUCUAGAAGCACGAGCAGCACGAGCUAGGACCAGUCGACGAGAUCCUAAGCCUGAUUACAAGAUACUAAACAUGCAAUCCUUUAUUUGCCUGAGAGAUUCCAAUAAUAAAGGAUGCAGUUCGCUCCUUAAGGCUGCAUGGAUUAAUAUAAAACAAAAACCAGAAGGCUUGCUAAACCGUUAUGAUCGGCUGUAUUUCGUGGCUGUACUAGUAACAUAUUUAUGAAGUUAUUUAUUUCGUUCUGUAUGCACCGCAACAGUAACAAUGGCUGGCGAAUGUGAGACGGGGGGUAAAUUGUAAUUUGUUUGCGUGUAGCAUCCAAGCUAGUUUAAUUUCGAUUUUAUCCAUGCCAUAGUAUAUCGUUUUCGUUCAGCAAGCUAGUGUCAUUGGACGACGAUGAUGGACGACGAGUUACGUCUGGUUUUCGGUUAGUAGAAAGUGUACUAGUCAUAUCGAAGCAAAUCACUUGCCCACCUUCAUUCGAUCGGGAAUCUAAACGCGCGUACUAGGGCUUCAUAUGACCGUUGCGUUUGAGAUGGGUAUACCAUUCCGGGUAUAGAGGCCCCAUACUAGGGAUGUAAGCAGAUAAAGUAUAUUCAUAUUUGUUAGCUAAACUGCGCCUCCCUUUCCCCGUGAACGCACUGCACUGGGAAGGCGGUUACAAUAUUCUGCUUCGGACAAAAUGGAAAAAAGUGGUUAAAUCUUAUGAAGACAAGUUUCAUGAUCAGUAUAACAAGACAAGACACAUAGACACACUGUAACGUAUUUGAACAUAGUCAUAUUGUAAGCGUAGGCGAUUGGCGUUCGAGAUCGUGAUCGUUGUACGGGCCAGGGCGUGUGGCCCCUGACGCCCGAUCAUGUUUUGUAGUGUUUGGAUUUGGAUAUGAGUGCGCUUCCCCUCACCACGCGCGGGGGAAAAACCCCCGGUACCCGGUUUGUUAGUGCAGCCACUUUGAAUCAACCUAACUCGAGAUCGGAGAGCGUAUUCUUAUACUAAUCAAUGGCAGAGGCAUGGGGAAAGGAUCGAAGGGUAGCAGGGCAACUCAUCGCUAAACGAAAUAAGCAUUGAUAAGAGAUAUAUAUAUAUAACGGACCGAAGAUCGAAGAAGCAACCAGAAACCGAGGAAGCGGGACAAAAGGAAAGUUAAAACCAAAAACAACCGAGACAAGUGACGAAAAUCAACCUAAAGGAAAAUAAGCGUAAUAAUGUGUGUUCUGUAGCUGAAAUAUAAAAGGAAACGUUGAAACAUGGAUGAAAUCAAACCAAAAUUAUGGAAAUAAAUGACAAACAAAACAAGCAUUUGAUAGCUGGAUAAGAAUCCGUUAAGACUUUACUCUUUCAACCGCAGGGCCUCCGCAUCAAUCGAUGAACGCGUGCUACGAAGAAUGAUCCGUUUUUUAUGUUUCGUUUUGUUUUUUAGAUAAAAUGUCCCUAGCUUAUUACACGACUUAAUUUAUGGCAGAGUAACGAAGCAAAACCAUAGCAUACCACUUAUCACCAGCAGAAAGCAAAACAUUCGCUGGUUCACAUCGUGCGAAUAGACGACAGCAAAGGUCCUAGAUUUCUGUAGCGCCUAAUAAGCAGACUCAAACCAACCAACCAAAGCAUAGGAACGGUAAAACUAUAAUAUAAUGUUAUCAACUAAUAUGCAACUACACGAUAUUCCAUACACGAGCGUCCCUUUGAAUGUCCCAGUAUCUUAGCUUCCACGAUCCUCGUCAUGACGGUCGGCCGACGAGACGGUAUCUAGGGUCUUGGGCGUGUUUUUUGCAGGGGCGCAAAAUCGUUGACAAAUAAGAAUCCGUUACCAAUCUGGGCGCCCGCGAGAAGAACCAUCGUGGUGCGAACGUUCGAAUUCUAUUUACCUGGUGUGCAUUCGUUCAGUUACUGCAAAGUGUCUAAGCCGUGUUGUACAUAGAAAGCUGUAAGGAAUCGACAUAAUAGAUAAACGAAACGAAACAAAGAAAAGUAAUAAGGCAAACAACAAAACAAACGACAAACAGCAACAAACCCAUAGUACGAUAUCCAAACAGUUGGCCGGACAAUGGUGAAAGUUUAACAGGGAGGAAAGCUUCCCCGCGGGCAGCACUGGUUUGCGUUGGAAUUUAAUUGUUUUUUUUUUCGUGCGAGAUGAAGAUUUUUUUUGGUGUUAACGCAAAUCAAUUCAAACGCAUCAACAUGUGUACACUUUUGGUUCACUUUACCAGAAACUUCCUUUAAAGUCUGCCCUCUAAGGAUUACUCAAAAUGAUGCUAAUACAGGCAGACCUUUAAAGUCAAAGGUAAUGAGCAUUGCCAUUACCGAAUGUUGCGGAACAGAAUUCAAUGUCAAAGAUUUUUCCGAUUUUAUGCAAACGCAAACUAAGGUCGAUCCAUCAAGUCGUUGCGUUGGAUCGCGGUGAUUGGUCUUUAUUUUCGAGAAACAAAAACACCCCCGAUGCAAAAUGUAAGGUCUUGUUGCAAUGAAUAUGGAUAUUAUGUUAAUAAAUAGUGACAUAU